UGCAUCAUGCCUCCCAAAACUUCAGGAAAGGCUGCCAAGAAAGCUGGAAAAGCCCAGAAAGCAAUUGCAAAGGGCGACAAGAAGAAGCGCAGGAGGAAGGAGAGCUACAGUAUCUACAUCUACAAGGUCCUGAAGCAAGUCCAUCUCGACACUGGCAUCUCGUCCAAAGCAAUGUCGAUCAUGAAUUCAUUUGUGAACGACAUCUUUGAACGCAUUGCAGCUGAAGCUUCUCGCCUAGCUCACUACAACAAGCGUUCUACCAUUACUAGUCGCGAAAUCCUGACAGCAGUAAGACUCUUGCUACCUGGAGAACUGGCUAAGCACGCUGUUUCUGAGGGCACCAAGGCUGUAACCAAAUACACCUCCUCUAAGUAA